CGGAUGACGAACUGCGGUGUUUUGGUUCACAGAAUGGUGAAGGUGAUAAUAUUAGAUAUCUGUAAAUUGUCUCUCCGCUUUCCACGUCGAAAAUAGUAAAAUUGUGUAGUUGUAUUUAAAUAUAACGUUUAUGAAUUAGGUUUAAAUAUUAUUUGAUACCACUAUAAACUAUACUGAUAUAAUUAUUUGUUUUUAGAAAGUUUUUAGGUACAUUAUGAGGAAGCUAAAGGGACCAGUUAAAGAAACAGCGAGACAAAAACGUGAAAGGAAACAAGAAUUUGCUAAAGUUCGUCAGCAAAUUAAUACAAUAGUUCUUCCAACUGUAGCUGUCGUUUUUAUAUUAAUAUGUGUCUACGUGUAUGUGAAAACGAGGCCAACAACGAUGCAGGUGGCGUAAUUUGUUACUGUUAACUUUUUAAAUAUUUAAGUAAAUUUAUUAAAAUCUAAUUAUGGUUGUGAAAUUUACAUUUGUAUAGAUGAUAUUGUGACUAUCAUUUAUUUAUUUCUUUCCAACAUAUCAA